GACAUCUCGACUUUGGCUGCAGAUCUUGAUUACGAGCUCCAGGAAGACAUCAAACUGCUGGGGCAGAUGUUCAAGAAGGUCGACGCAAACGGAGACGGCGAGCUGUCCCUGUCAGAGUUGAUCCAGGGGGCGGAAGAGGUCCCAGAGUUCCAAAACCGAUUACGCGUCAUGGACAUCGAUGCCGUGGAUCUUGAGCA